UGCACGUUUGUUUUCUUUCAGGAAACACUCAUAGACUGGUGUGAUGAGAAGGAACUUAAUUUGAUAUUAACAACUGGCGGGACAGGGUUUGCACCACGAGAUGUCACUCCAGAGGCCACAAAAGAAGUAAUAAAACGGGAAGCGCCAGGGAUGGCCCUGGCAAUGCUGAUGGGAUCACUUAAUGUUACACCUCUGGGCAUGCUCUCUAGACCAGUGUGUGGAAUAAGAGGGAAAACUCUGAUAAUUAAUCUGCCUGGUAGCAAGAAAGGAUCUCAGGAAUGCUUUCAGUUCAUACUGCCAGCUCUACCUCAUGCCAUUGACCUUUUACGUGAUGCCAUUGUAAAAGUAAAGGAGGUGCAUGAUGAACUUGAAGAUUUACCUUCCCCACCACCUCCUCUUUCUCCACCUCCUACAACUAGCCCACAUAAGCAGACAGAAGACAAAGGAGUUCAGUGUGAAGAGGAGGAAGAAGAAAAGAAAGACAGUGGUGUCGCUUCGACAGAAGAUAGUUCCUCAUCACAUAUUACUGCAGCAGCUCUUGCUGCAAAGAACCAUCCAUUCUACACCAGUCCUGCUGUUUUCAUGGCAAAUCAUGGGCAGCCCAUCCCUGGUCUCAUCAGUUAUUCCCAUCAUGCAACAGGCAGUGCAGAUAAACGGAUUCCAGACUCCAUCAUUUCUCGUGGCGUUCAGGUGCUCCCACGAGACACAGCCUCCCUUAGCACUACUCCUUCAGAGUCGCCCCGUGCCCAGGCUACAUCUCGCCUCUCUACAGCUUCUUGUCCAACACCAAAACAAAUUAGACGGCCGGAUGAAAGCAAAGGAGUUGCUAGUAGAGUUGGAUCCCUCAAAGCUCGGCUUCCCUCGUGCUCAUCUACCUAUAGUGUAUCUGAGCUCCACUCUAGAUUGGAAGGGCUUAAAGAUGAACUCUGGAGGAGUAGAGGCUACGACUUAAGAGUCCAGUCCAGGUGCAGCAGCAAGGAGAACAUUCUAAGAGCCAGUCACAGUGCUGUAGAUAUCACCAAGGUGGCUAGAAGACAUCGCAUGUCUCCUUUUCCUCUGACGUCUAUGGACAAAGCCUUCAUUACAGUUCUGGAGAUGACUCCGGUGCUUGGUACAGAAAUCAUCAAUUACCGAGAUGGAAUGGGGCGAGUCCUUGCUCAAGAUGUGUAUGCAAAAGACAACCUACCCCCAUUCCCAGCAUCAGUAAAAGAUGGCUAUGCUGUUCGAGCUGCUGAUGGUCCAGGAGAUCGUUUCAUCAUUGGGGAAUCCCAAGCUGGUGAACAGCCAACUCAGACAGUAAUGCCCGGACAAGUGAUGCGGGUUACAACAGGUGCUCCAAUCCCCUGCGGUGCUGAUGCAGUAGUGCAAGUUGAAGAUACUGAACUCAUCAGGGAAUCAGAUGAUGGUACUGAAGAACUUGAAGUGCGAAUUCUGGUGCAAGCUCGGCCAGGCCAAGACAUCAGACCCAUCGGCCACGACAUUAAAAGAGGGGAGUGUGUUUUGGCAAAAGGAACCCAUAUGGGCCCUUCAGAAAUUGGUCUCCUUGCAACUGUAGGUGUCACAGAAGUUGAAGUUAAUAAGUUUCCAGUGGUUGCCGUUAUGUCAACAGGGAAUGAGCUACUAAAUCCUGAAGAUGACCUCUUACCAGGAAAGAUUCGGGACAGCAAUCGAUCAACACUUCUAGCAACAAUUCAGGAACAUGGUUACCCAACAAUCAACUUGGGAAUUGUAGGAGACAACCCAGAUGACUUACUCAAUGCCUUGAAUGAGGGUAUCAGCCGUGCUGAUGUCAUCAUCACGUCAGGAGGUGUAUCCAUGGGGGAAAAGGACUAUCUCAAGCAGGUGCUGGACAUCGAUCUUCAUGCUCAGAUCCAUUUUGGCAGGGUUUUUAUGAAGCCAGGCUUGCCAACAACAUUUGCAACUUUGGAUAUUGAUGGUGUAAGAAAAAUUAUUUUUGCACUACCAGGGAAUCCUGUAUCAGCUGUGGUCACCUGCAACCUCUUUGUUGUACCCGCACUGAGAAAAAUGCAGGGUAUCUUGGAUCCUCGGCCAACCAUCAUCAAAGCUAGGUUAUCAUGUGACGUAAAGCUGGACCCUCGCCCAGAAUACCACCGGUGUAUACUGACUUGGCAUCACCAAGAACCACUGCCCUGGGCCCAGAGUACAGGUAAUCAGAUGAGCAGCCGUCUGAUGAGCAUGCGCAGUGCCAAUGGAUUGCUGAUGCUACCUCCAAAGACAGAGCAGUAUGUGGAACUUCACAAAGGCGAGGUGGUGGACGUCAUGGUCAUCGGACGGCUAUGAUGGUGACCAACAGGAGAAAGUUUCGAUGCAUGUCCACAUAUCAUUGACUGUAUCCUGUCAUAUGCAACGGCACAGCUAGUUUUUCUGAUCUGGAUAAAAGUUGAUCUGUAUAGUCAACAUCUUGAACUAUAUUUCAAAUGAAUUUAAAUACCUUUUAAAGAAAAAACACACCUAAGAAUAAAUCUCAACAGACAACUCUAUUCUGAUUAUAUCAAAGCAAAAUUUUCCUUUCUUGCAAAUUGCUUUGUGUGUUCAAUGCUAGGUCUGAUAGCGAUAGCUUUAGUAGACAGCGGUAGGUGCCUGCAGAACUUGUGUUUUUCUCAUCUUUAAAUACAACUACUUAUGCUCUUAAUCAAGGCUGUCUGCUUCUUUAUACUAGUGUAGGCAACACUUGGAUUUCCCUUCUUAGUAUGCUUCAUAACUGCUUUACAGAGAGCUUUUGCUUGUUCUUUCUCAUGUAUCUCGUGUUUAUGUGCACCACGCCAAAAGAGGAGUGACUGCGCGAGGCCCCGCCUGCCUCGAGAGCCUUCCCUGCUGAGCACCCAGGGAAGCUCUCACCCUCGCAGCCUCUGGGACACAGUACUAGCAGGCAGUAACUGGAUACCUUUCAUUUGAACAAACAAACGGGGUGGGGGAAAUGCUUCCUUAAGUGCUGACAGCCUUUUUAACCAACACAUUUAAAAUUGUACAGAACAAAAAUAAAAUCAAAGACUGAUCUUGUACAGAUAUUAGUGUUACCAGCAUUCAUGUGGAAUCAAGAGCAAAAACAAAAUAAUGUUAAACAACUCUGUACCAUAACAUUUUCUGUAAUGAUAAUGAAACUUAAUGAAUAAAAAAAAUCCUUGAUCAUUAUUUAAAAA